AGUAUCUAUGAGAUUAUUAUGUAUUACUUUUGAGCGAACUCUGACGAGAUAAGACGUAUCGCGGAGAAAUGAUAAGAAUUUUUUCUUAGACAGUUUGUCAUUCAGUCAGUCGAGAAGUUUUAUCCGGUGGGAAUUGUCAUGCUUUUCGAAAUCAUUUUACUCGCUGGUCUUGGAUUGGCCGGGUUUCUCCUUUUUGGAAAACCGGAACCGGAACCUAUAUUCGGCGUGUACAAGGAGCCUGGAAAAUGGUAUUAUUUGAAAUACGCGUUAUUCUACUGUAUUAUGUUGUCAAGGAAGCUCAUCGGUAAUCUCACCAAAGGGGUGAAUCGGACUGGUUAUGGAUUAAAAUCGCAUCCUACCCUUGCAGACAUGGACGUUGCACAGAAGCUCUCUCCUCAUUCGAAGGCUUUCGAUGCUGUCUUCUUCAUGGCCACCACCAAGGAUGGAUUCUACUUAGUCGGCGGUGCCGAGAGACGUCAUAGCGGUGUCGUUAAUGGACUUUUUUACGUAGCUGUGCCUGGAGUAGGGUUGCUGUGCAGUAGUAAAAUUCCAGAUACGGUAUUGCAUGGUGCCCGGGAAAAUGAAUUUGGCGCUGAAGGAAUCCGAUUUAUUCCGAUCGAACCGAUGAAGCAUUGGCGUGUUGAAUUCGAGGGAGACAUGUGGCACCACGACGACCCCAAUAAAACGAGUAAAGUCGUUGUACGCGGCGAUUGGAAAAGCAAUUUGCCAUAUUUCGAUUUUGACACAGAUUCGAAUAUAUCGACUAUGUGCAGCGCCAUUGCUAGAGAAAGUUGGAGCAGGGAAUAUUUUGAAUUUUUAAAAAAUGCCCAUCAGAGUCACUAUGAACAAAUGGGGACACUGAAGGCCACCGUUACCCUCGAUGGCAAGGAGUACAGGCUGGAUUGUCAAGCAUUUCGUGAUCAUAGCUACGGCUUUAAACGCGAUUGGAAAUUGAUGCACCGUUAUAUAUUUCACAUGCUUUUCCUCGAGGAUGGUACCACAGCGUCCAUUGGUGUUAUAUGUCAGCCUUGCACGUGUUCCGUAUUGAAGAUCGGAUACGUCUACAAGCCGGAUGGUACAUUAUAUCCAUUAGAAUGGUGCGACUUGCAAUUGUACCAACAUGGGGAAAACGGAAGCCCACCAAGGGAUCACGCGUUCUCGUUCAAAGCGGGAGGAACUGUAUACAGAGUUCAAGUUGAUGUUGAAUACGAGUCAAUUCACUAUAAGGGCGAAGAGAGGGAAGCGAGAAUGGUAGAGAGAUUCGUACGUUAUCAUGUAAAUGGAAAGGUUAAAGGGAGAGGAGUAUCCGAGUUUCAUUAUAAUAAUUCAAACGACGUCAAGCGAGGAACUGUUUAAAUUUUAUAUAAAGAAAUUAUUAUUUGUAUAAGCAAAAUAUAUAAUGUUUAGAAAAGAAAUAAAAAUCUUACUUGCGUAUCUUCUCAUUGGAUUACGUAGUGCUUGGGUUAAUGCAACAGUCGGCGCAACAAAGAUGCUUAUAAAGUUAUAUAG